AUGGCAGAACAAGAACAACCUCAACCACUGCCCGAGGCGCCUUUCCCCGCUCCUCCGCCUUUCUGGAGGUAUUUCACAGUCGCCAACGAGGAGGAAUUGAGAAAGAUCGAAUCGUCUGCCUCCGACGACCAACCGAAGCCAAAGCUUCCCCUUCACCUGGCGUACCUGCGACCUCCACCUCCACCCCCGGCCUCAGCAGAGUACUACACGACUUUUGGCCAAAAGCAGGUCACUGAUCCAACCAAACCCUCGUCCUUGCCUACAGAGCAACUUCUCUUCAAUCCAGAUGAUCCAAAUCUCAACCAUGCUGUCCUUCUCAGCCGCCUCACGAAAUCCCUGCUGCUGAACUUCCUCGAACUCACGAGUGUCCUGUCCCUUGACCCGACCAAGCACGAGGAAAAGAUGGAAGACAUACGGCAGCUGCUGUUGAACAUCCACGUGGUAAUUAACAUUUACCGACCCCAUCAAGCAAGAGAGAGCGUCAAGGAAAUGCUGCAAGGGAUACUGGAAGACGGACAAAGAGAGAUUGACGAGUGCGACAAGCUGAAGCAGAGAAUUGACGACUUCCUGGCGGAUGUGGGCAAUAUGGGAAUAUCAGAUGUUCCGGGCGCAGCUGAAAAGGACCAUGUCACGACCGAAGCCUCUCGCGACCAGCUCAUGGAAAAGCAGCGGAGGCUAUGGAAAAUGAUACAAGAAAUGACUUGA